AUGAAUCUGGCAAAUUAUUCUUACUUCUCUGGCAUGUGCAACAUGACCGCCGAGACGCAGCACUCGUCCGCCGAGGCGAGUCCCGUCGUCAUGUCUCCAAGCGCGAGCCUGGACUCUCCGCCGCCGCUGAUGCUGCAGGCCCGGUCGAAGGACAACGUGCUGAUCAAGUCGGAGCCCCGGGGGAGCAGUCCGAACACGGAGGAUGGAGCCGCUGCGGGACAGACGGACGAGCACCUGCCCACCGGGAGCCGCCGGCGGAAGAGGCCCGUCCAGAGGGGGAAGCCUCCCUACAGCUACAUCGCGCUCAUCGCCAUGGCCAUCGCCAACUCUCCCGAGAGGAAGCUCACCCUGGGGGGCAUUUAUAAGUUCAUCAUGGAGCGCUUCCCUUUCUACAGGGAGAACUCCAAGAAGUGGCAAAACUCCAUCCGCCACAACCUCACCCUCAACGACUGCUUCGUGAAGAUCCCCCGGGAGCCCGGCCGGCCGGGUAAGGGCAACUACUGGACCUUGGACCCCGCCGCCGAGGACAUGUUUGACAACGGGAGCUUCCUGAGGAGGAGGAAGAGAUUCAAGCGCACGGAUGUGAGCACCUACCCCGGCUACAUGCAGAGCUCCAGCGCGUUCACCCCGACCCCGAUGGGCAGGCCCUCGUACCCGAACACCCUGUACGCCGGGAUGGGCUCUGGUUACGGCUCUCAGCUGAACGCCACAUCCCCGCAUCCGACCAUGCUGCAUCACUACCAGACCUCCGCCGGGGUCGGCCAAGGGCAGCCGCGCAGCAUGUUCAGCAUCGACAACAUCAUCAGCCAGCAGACGGUGGUGCAGAGCGGCCCCGGGGGGGACCUCAACUCCCAGGCGCUGGGGCUGGGGCUAGGUUUGGGGCUGCACGGGGGAGGUGACCUGGGCGCCAUGGCCUCCAGCUGCUCGGUCACCGGCAACGACCCGUCUGCGUGCUUCCAGACGCAGACUAUCAACCCCUCGGCGAACAUGCUGAGUCGAAACAGCGGGAAUCUCCCAUCCAACCUGGCAGCCGGGUACCCGUACUCCUCCUCGGGCUCUCCUCCGCACAUGCCAGCCAUGACCCAGUCCGGGUUCUCUCCGGGGAGCUCUCAGGUGUACUGCUCCGGCAACCGGAUGUCCCUGCCGGCCCUGCGCCCGGGCUCCUGCGCCGAGCACACGGAGCAGCUGCUGGGCCUCUCCGGCCCCAUGAACUCCUACAACAACACCUACAUGAGACAAGCCAACUUUGCGUCAGGAUUAGAGCGCUAUAUGUGA